UUUAUCGAAUUCCGUUCUUUCUGGUUCUCAGUUCUCACUAAAUCGUUGCAUCAGAAAUUAGGUACAUUUAACAAAGGCCACAUAUUUCUGAAAAGAAUCAUGGCUGAUAGUAAAUUAUACGAGAUAUUAGGAGUUUCAAGAACUGCAAGUGAUUCAGAAAUAAAAAGAAAUUAUCACAAAUUAGCUAAAGAAUAUCAUCCAGACAAAAAUCCUGCUGCUGGUGACAGGUUUAAAGAAAUAAGUUAUGCUUACGAGAUUCUUUCUGAUCCUAAAAAACGGCAAACCUAUGAUAAAUAUGGCUUGAAGGGAUUACAGGAGGGAGGUCAAGGAGGUUGCCCACCGGAUGACCUGUUUGGGAAAUUUUUUGAUAUAUUCGGGAUGGGAGGCGGCAGGCCUCGCGGCCGAGCGCGCGGAGAAGAUACUAUACACAGACUGGAUGUAUCUCUUGAGGAUUUGUAUCUUGGAAAGACAACUAAAUUGCAACUAAGCAAGAAUGUGAUAUGUAGCCAUUGUAAUGGUGUUGGAGGUAAGCUUGGUGCUGUAGUUCCUUGCCGAGAUUGUCAAGGAAGGGGCAUAAAAAUAACUUAUCAACGCUUUGGACCAAACAUGACUCGUCAGUUACAAUCUCAAUGUAUGACUUGUCAAGGACUAGGUGAAACAAUCAGUGAAAAAGAUAAGUGUACCAAGUGCAAGGGUAAAAAAGUUGUAAAUGAAACAAAAAUCUUGGAAGUACAUGUGGAAAAGGGUAUGGCUGAAUUCCAAAGAAUUUACUUCAGGGGUGAAGGUGACCAGUUACCUAAUACAGAACCUGGUGAUGUGAUUAUUGUGCUUGAUGUAAAAGAGCAUGAGGUGUUCCAAAGAUCUCCUAAUGAUGAUCUCCUAAUUAAAAAAGAAAUUACUUUAACUGAAGCUUUAUGUGGUUUUCAAUUUGUAUUGAAGCACUUAGAUGGCCGUGAUUUACUUAUAAAACAUGGACCAGGGGAAAUAAUAAGGCCUGGUGAUUUAAAGGGAGUACGAGGAGAAGGAAUGCCUCACUAUAAAAAUCCUUUUGAAAAAGGCAAUUUGUAUGUUAAAUUUGAUAUUAAAUUUCCUGACAACAACUUUGCUACAGAGGAGCAAAUGUUGCAGAUACAAAGCAUAUUGCCACCAAGGCCAGACUUUGUUAUGCCUACAGGAGAAGAUGUAGAGGAAGUUAACCUGAUGGAUUACGUACCUAAUGAGAGGAGCAGUCGUGGAAGACAAGAAGUAUAUGCUGGUGAUGAAGAUGAACACAUGCAUGAAGGGCCAGGAGUAGAAUGUGCUCAUCAAUAGAAAAUUAAUUGCAACUCUAGGUGACUGGUUUAUAUAAAACCACAUGUUUUAAUAUAAUUUUAUCAUAACCAUAGUUAAUAUUUUACAAAAUAAUAAAAUUUAGUUGUACUGAUGUGUAGGAUAAUUCAAAGUUGUUUAAUAUUAAUAAAACAACACAAUUUGAAGGUGGUGUCAAAUAUAUAUUAUCUAAUUCAUUCCAGUUCCACACCAUAUGUAUUUUAAAUAAAUUAUGUAUUGCAUUAAUUACAAAUAAUUAUUGCUAUCA